AUGAAAAUGAUAUCAUCAGUAGAUGGAAUUAAUCCAUUGGCUAUAAGUGGUUUUGAUAAAGCGGCUUCAAAUUAUGAUGAAUGUCGUCCUACUUAUGCUGAGGAUAUUAUUUCUUUUAUUCGUAAUUUACAGCCAACAACAAUCGUAGAUGUUGGUGCAGGUACUGGAAAACUUACACGUUUGCUUUUAUCGACUGGUGCUCAAACGAUUAUUGCUGUUGAACCUGUAGAAAAAAUGCGUUGUCAAUUACCCACUACAGUUACAAUUCUUUCUGAUUCGGCUACAAAUAUGAACAUUCCUGACAAUACAGUUGAUGUUGUCACAUGUGGACAAUCUUUUCAUUGGUUUGCAACAUCAGAGGCACUCAAAGAAAUUCAUCGUAUCUUAAAACCAGGUGGUAUCUUAGUUCUUGUAUGGAACACAACAGAUGCUAAUAAGAAAGAGGCAUGGCAUGAUGAAUUCACUGAAUAUGUCGACAGUUUUGCACCAAUGAAUACAUGUCGAUAUAAAUCAAUGAAAUGGAAAUCUGUUUUCGAAAAUGAACCUCAACAAGAACUAUUUAGUAUGCCACUCUCUUAUAUAAAACUAAACAACAAUAAGAGAAUGACAAUUGAUAAAUUUAUUGGUUAUACACUUACUGGUAGUUUCCUCGCAUCAUUACCUGAAGAAACACGAACUACAGUCAACAAUCGAUUACAUCAGAUCAUUUAUAAUCAUUUAAAUACUGCAAACAAAGAUAUGGAAUUGGAUAUACCAUUUGUUACUGAUGUUUAUUGGAGUAUAGCAAAAAAAGAUUAA